UCUGAGUACUGCAGCAUCCACCAAGAAGCUCUAGCGUGCCAGAUGAACUUCAUAAAAGCUCAUCCAUUAGCUUCACAUAUUUUAUUAUUUUUUGUUUAGUCGCGUAUACAGAAAAUCUGUGUAUUUAGUUAUUGUAGUUAAAAAUGUCGAGUUUAAUCAGAGAAGGGGUGCUUGACAGGUGUCAAAUAUUAGAAAGGGGUGCACACAGCCACAUUUUUAGAGGUGCGAUUAUCUACUGUUAACGGUAUUGAGGGGUAAAUCUAGAUUAUUCAUUUGCUUUGGUUAAGACUGUUAAAAAUAUAAUUCACUUCAGAUAAUCUUUCAGAAACUAUCUGCUAAUUAGGCCUAGAUGUUUUUGUUAUAUUAACCCCUAAGUAUUUUAUUCAUUUUUGAUUGGAAUAUUUUAUAUUUUCGCAUCCAAGGUGUCGUACAAGCAAAUAAUUUCACACUUUUAUAAAUUUAGUUUGAGUCCAGAAGCUCAGUGAAUGGUUAAAGCAGGAGGAGCUUGAUCUUUAUCUUUAAAAAAUGGCGUAGUGUCAUCUGCUAAUUGUGAUAUGCGAGUUUCUCUUUUAAAGAUAUUAAUGCUUUUCCCAUAAGCGUAAUAAUAAUACGACGAUAUUUGUCGACAAUAAACGUAAAUAAAAGUAUGACGUCAUAAAGCAGCGCCGCAGAGCUGCGUAAACCCUGCGUCUGUUUUGAUUCAGCUGGCGGGGAAAGGAAAAUUCCUGGUGAAAUUGAUGUGGCGUUUGAAAAAAGAUGGACUAUAUUAAAGAGGAGAGUGAAGACAUCAAGAUUGAAGAAACAUUCACAGUCAAACAUGAAGAUCCUGACGAGCAAGCAGACCUGAAGCCACCUAAAGAAGAAAGUCCAGAGCUUAGCGAAGCUGAGGAAAAAUAUCACUGUGAGAAACGUGAAUUCCCAACUGAAGAAUCAAACCGAAUCGAAGAACAGAAUGAAAAUGCUUCCCUGAGAAAAAGAGGACGGCCGAAGUCCAACCCUCAUUUUACCUGCGGUCAGUGCGAGAAGAGUUUCGAUCAAAAACGAAACCUCGAAAUCCACAUGAGGAUUCACACCGGAGAGAAGCCUUUCAGCUGCCAACAGUGCGGGAAGAGCUUCACUCAGAAAGGAUCCCUCAAGAGUCACCUGAGAGUUCACUCGGGAGAGAAGCCGUACUCCUGCCGGCUGUGCGGACAGAGCUUCACGGCAGAACCGAACCUCAGAUACCACCUGAACAUUCACAACGGAGUCAAGCCGUACGCGUGCGACGAGUGCGGAAAGUGCUUCACGCGUAAAGCCACCCUCAAUAACCACAUGAGGAUUCACUCCAGAGACGACAUCUUGAAAUGCCUUCACUGCGGAAAGAACUUCAGCCACAAAGUCAGCCUCAAGACUCACAUGAGGAUUCACACUGGAGAGAAGCCGUACUCCUGCACUCAGUGUGGAAUCAGCUUCACGUACAAAGCGUCGCUAGACUCCCACAUGGGAACUCACUGUGAAGACGGCCCGUACACCUGCCAGGUUUGUGAGAAAAGCUUCUCGCUAAAGGGAAACCUUAAGACUCACAUGAGAAGUCACACUGGAGAGAAACCGUUCGAGUGUCUUCAAUGCGGAAAGUGCUUCACUCGUAAAAUAACUCUCAACUACCACAUGGAGAUUCACUCCAGAAAGGACUGCUUUAUAUGCCGUCACUGCGGAAGAAGCUUCCCCAGCGUGAUUCUCCUCAAGGAGCACGUGGAAAUCCACUCUGACGACAAACCCUUCAAAUGCCAGCAGUGCGGGAAAGGUUUCCGAUUCAAGAAAAACCUCAAAGCUCACAUGAGGGUUCACAGCGACGAGAAGCCUUACGAGUGCCAGCACUGCGGGAGGUGUUUCAAUCACAAGCCGAGUCUUAAUACUCACUUAAGAAUUCACACCGGGGAAAGGCCUUACACCUGUCCUCAGUGCGGGAAGAGCUUUACCUAUAAAGGAACUCUCGAAGGCCACAUAAGAGGUCACAACAAAGAGAAGCCGUUCAAGUGCGAGCAGUGUGGAAGGUGUUUUGGACGGAGAGGAACUCUUAAGUGCCACAUGAAGACUCACCCGAGAGACAAGCCUUUUAAAUGCCAUCAGUGCGGAGCGGCUUUCACAAAUGGGAACCGGCUCAGGAGUCACGUGAAGACUCACAUCGGAGAGAAGCCUUUCAUGUGCGUUCAUUGUGGAGUUGCAUGUUCGAAGAAAGCGAAUCUCGAGGCUCACAUGAGAAUUCACGAUCGAGAAAAGCCGUUCUUGUGUCGGCAGUGUGGAACGCCUUGCUCAACCAAAGCCAAGCUUGACGUUCACAUGAGAGUCCACGCCGGGAAAAAGCCGUUCACGUGUGAUCAGUGCGGGAAGGGAUUCCAGCUGAAGGGCAAUUUUACAAAACACAAGCAGGUUCACGCUGGAUUGAAGGCGUUCGUGUGUCUGGAGUGCAGAAAGUGCUUCGCGCACGCGGAAGACCUAAAGAGUCAUUUGGUGAACUGCGGGAGGAAAACGCAAAGCCUUUGCGACUAUAACCUGCAGUGCUCUGAAUGCAGGAAGAGCUUCAGGAAGCGGAGCAAUUUUAAAAACCACCUGCGCAUUCACUCUGGAGGAAGGAGGUUCAAUUGCGAUCGGUGCAAUAAGAAGUUCCUUUCGCCGUCGCACAUUCGCAUGCACAUGAAAAGUCACACAGAUCUCAGACCUCGUUUGUGCUUCCAGUGUGGAAAGAGGUUUAAGUGGCUCGGAAGUUUGAAAUGUCACCAGAAGAUGCGUACUGAAUGCGUACUGAGGUACAGCUGAAUGCCAGUCACAUCUAAACGAGAUCAAAAACACAAGAUAUUCUGAAAAAAACAGGGUUUUGCUUCAUUCAGCCUCACUCUGCUUCAUACUACCAUGAUAAUAAAAGUAAUUGCACACUGAAUCAGAAAUCUUUUGAACCGGGUCCAACUUUUUUUUCAUUUUCACAUCUCUGCUUUUUCAAAUAUGAGUACGAUUAAAAAUAAAUAAAUAAAUUUGGACUUCAGUGUGCAAAGAC